CCCGCCUACAUUAAGGAGUCGCGAGCUAGCAGCCGGUUCCGCAUUGCGGGAAUCGUUGGGGGUUCUCAUCGCAGGCCGAUCGCUCGUGUCUCUGUCUCUCUCUCUCUCUACAACGCCUCGCGACAAGUCCGCAAAUCUCUCUCUGCUCAGGAGUUGUGGUGGUUGUGGUGGUGAGGGAGGAGGUCUGUAGUGCGCUUAGAUAGUCUUAGAGAACUAGCCGCUGUUCUAAGAGGGGGGGGGUAAGGUGUUGUGUGGUGGUGGUAGUGUCUUGGGGCCUAGGCAAAACAAUUUUCUUUCGCAGGGGGUGUGUGGUGUGUUGUGUGUGGGGGCCCCUUUGGCAGUCUAUUAUAUAACGUAUCUCUUACGCCUUUUGGGGCAGUCUGUUACACUUUUUUGCCUAGUUGGAGGCCUUAGACGUUCGAUACGAUACGGCAGGGGUUGUUGGGUAGGCUCUCGGAGGUCUGGUUACAAUCACGAACAGUUUAAGCCGGGGGGGCGGCGAUCCUUUUUGACAUUUCGACUUUUUUCCUAUAAAACCUUACACAGACCGCCCCCCUCUCCCUCCAGCUUAACGUAUCGAUUAAUAACAAGACAAAUUGGCGAUCUUUAUUAGCGUCUCCGUAAACGAUAUUAGUAACAAUUAGAAUAAAUCCGCUAACGGCUGUUGUAUAUUAAAAUUUGUUUUUGGUGAGGCGGUUGGUGGUGGUAGUGGUGGUGGUGGUUUAAAGGUCGGUUUUUGGGGGGGGGUUUAGCGAGAUGCUUUAACAAGCGAACCUUUAUAUAAAAGUACAACAUUAAAAAAAUAUUUAAUAAGUUAACCGGUUGCGGCUUUUGAGGAAGAGAGAGCGAGGCGCGUGUGUGUGUGUUCGUGUGGUUUUGUUUGGUUUGAUUUGUCGUCGCUGCGCGUGUUCAAAAAGUUUAUUUAGUUAGUCUGUAAAGAAGUACAAAAAGACGAAGAUCAUCAUCAUCAUGUCGGUCGUGGGUUUCGACGUCGGAUUUCAGUCGUGCUACAUAGCGGUCGCUCGAUCGGGUGGCAUCGAGACCGUGGCGAACGAAUUCAGUGACAGAUGCACUCCAUCGGUGAUCUCUCUGGGCCCGAAGAGUCGAGCCAUUGGCUCGGCCGCCAAGACCCAGGUCGUCACGAACUGCAAGAACACAUUCCAGAGCUUCAAGCGUUUCCACGGACGCCUUUUCUCGGAGCCGUACGUGCAGCAGCAGGCCGUGCGGCUGCCCUACCAGCUGGUGCCACUGCCCAAUGGGGGCGUGGGGGGCAAGGUGAUGUACAUGGAAGAGGAGGCGGUGUUCUCUGUGGAGCAGAUGAGCGGCAUGCUCCUGUCCAAGCUGAAAGAGGUGGCUGAGAGUGCCCUGAAGAAGCCCGUCACGGACUGCGUCAUCUCUGUGGGUACCCGGGUCGCGACAUCCCCACUACCCAGUGGCUAGCGUGGGGUCUCAGUG